AUGGAGGAAAGUGCCACAGUUUCAGCAGAAGUGCUGAACGAUUUUGCAAUCAGCUUGUAUCGAAACUCGGCAGCUUCAAGCGAAUCCUUAUGCGUCUCUCCAACCUCAGUGAUGCUGGCAUUGGCGAUGGUCUUCUACGGAGCUGCCGGAAAAACCAAGACCCAGAUUCGUCAAGCGCUGUUCGGUUCAUCGUUGAUGGAAGACCAGAUUCAGCCCUACCUUGCAAAAUUGGUGUUCGAAAUAAAUAAGAAAGACAAGUCGUUCGUCCUUGACGUCGCUAACAGAGUAUACAGCGCCGAGAAUUUCAAGAUAUCGAAAUCGUAUAGCAACACAAUUCAAAAAGACCUCCACGCCUCCAUAGUACCCGUAAAUUUCUCAAACGUAGAAUCAACAGUUGGACAAAUCAAUAAAUGGGUUGCUGACAGCACUCAUAAUAAAAUUAAAGAGAUAAUUUCAGCGGAAUCAAUUAAUCCGUUGACUCGGCUGGUGGUCCUAAAUGCUAUUUAUUUUCAAAGUCAGUGGUUGAAGGUUUUUUCACCUGAAGAAACAACAAAGAUGAAGUUCUAUGUAUCGUCGAGUAAAAAUUGCGAAGUGGACAUGAUGUUCCAAAAGGACUAUUUCCUUUACGCAGAAAAUGACGAAUUCCAAGUGUUGGUGCUAAAGUACCUAAACAGUGUUAUCUCCAUGAAUAUUUUUUUACCAAAAGAGAAGUUUGGCUUGGAGAACUUGGAACAGAGCCUUACUGCAAACAAGCUGAAAAGUCUAAUGAACAGCGUGCAUAGAAUUGAAGUUUUGGUUAAAGUACCAAAAUUCAAGCUUGAGUCUGACGUGAGGCUGAAGGACGUGUUAAUGACAAUGGGCAUAACCGAUAUAUUUACUCUCGAAGCAGAUCUGUCAGGCAUCACUGAAUCGCGUGAGCUUUACGUGUCAGAAGCGAAGCACAAGACGUCCAUUGAGGUAGACGAGAUGGGAACCAAGGCAGCAGCAGUCACAGGCUUCGAAAUGGUUGCCAUGUCCGCGCUGAUUGAAAGGGAACCUGUCGUUUUUACUGCGGAUCAUCCUUUCAUGUUCAUUAUCAUCGACAAUCGAUACAAAAAUAUACUGUUUAUCGGCAGAUACAUAGGACAGUCUUAG